AUGUCCUGCUACGACCUCUGUGCCCCCACGUCCUGCGGCCCCACGCCGCUGGCCAACAGCUGCAACGAGCCCUGUGUCCGGCAGUGCCAGGACUCCACCUACGUGAUCCAGCCAUCCCCCGUGGUGGUCACCCUGCCCGGGCCCAUCCUCAGCUCCUUCCCGCAGAACACCGCCGUGGGAUCCUCGGCGUCCGCGGCCGUCGGGGAUGCUCUGAGCGCCGGGGGAGUCCCCAUCAACUCGGGCAGCUCCUCGGGGCUCGGCAGUUUGGGGUACUCCGGUUUGGGGGGGCUCUACGGGAGGUCCUACCGGCGCUCCAACCGCUGCGGGCCCUGAGGGAGCCUCGGGAUGAGCAGGAGAUGGAAAGCGCGAUCGGAUGCAGGACUGAGCCCGUGCCCACCCGCUUGCUGACCCCCGCAGCUUUGCCCUGAGCUCCCGGGGCUGCAGGAGCUUGGCCUUUCCCAUUUGAUGCCUUUCUGUGGAAUCAGGGAGGUGAAAAAUGUCACUCGAUUGUCGCUGGGUGUCCAGCUGUAAAACACUGCCUGGAAAUGGGUGAUGAAUUUUAAUUUGUAUUCAACCCUUUUGCUUUCUUAUGCUGUAUUUUUUUUUAAA